AUGUCUAAUUCUGAGCGUUAUCUAUCUGUGUCUAAUUCUGUCCCUCAUCUAUCUAUGUCUAAUUCUGAGCGUUAUCUAUCUAUGUCUAAUUCUGAGCAAAGUUAUUCAUUCAUGUUCAAUUUGAGCGUUAAUUCUGUCCCGUUAUCUAUCUCAAUUCUGUGUCUGAGCGUUAUUCUAUGUCUAAUUUUGUUGCCAUCUAUCUGUCCCUUUAUCUAUUCAUGUUCAAUUCUGUCCGUUAUCUAUCUAUGUCUAAUUCUGCUAUCUAUCUAUGUUCAAUCGUUAUCUAUGUCUAAUUCUGUUAUCUAUCUAUGUUAUGAGCAUAUCCUCAAUGUUAUCUAUCUAUGUCUAAUUCUAAGCGUUAUCUAUCUGCAAUUCUGUCCCUUUAUCUAUCCAUGUCUAAUUCUUGAGGUUAUCUAUCUAUGUCUAAUUCUGAGCCGUUAUCUAUCUACGUCUAAUUUUGUCAUUUAUCUAUCUAUGUCAAUUCUGAGCGUUAUCUAUCUAUGUCUAAUUCCCAGGGUUUAUAUCUAUGUCUAUGUUAUCUAUCUUGAGGGCUGUUAUCUUUAUCCAUGUCUAAUUCUGUCCCAUAUCAUCUAUGUUAUCUAUCUAUGUCUAAUUCUGAGCGUUAUCUAUCUAUGUCUAAUUCUGUCCCUUUAUCUAUCUAUGUCUAAUUUGAGCGUUAUUCUAUGUCUAAUUCUUGUCCCUUAUCUAUCUAUCGUUAUCUAUCUAUGUCUAAUUCUGUCCCCUAUCUAUCUAUGUCUAAUUCUGAGCGUUAUCUAUCUAUGUUUUAAUUCUGUCCCCAUAUCUAUCCUAUGUCUAAUUCUGACAAGUUAUCUAAUAAUUCUGAGCGUUAUCUAUCUAUGUCUAAUUCUGAGCGUAAUAUUCAUGUUCAAUCUAUCUAUUCAUCGUUAUCUAUCCAUGUCUAAUUCUGUCCCUUAUCUAUCUAUGUCUAAUUCUGAGCGUUAUCUAUCCAUGUCUAAUUUGAGCGUUAUCUAUCUAUGUCGUCUAGCGUUAUCUAUCUGUUCAUUCCUGAGCGUUAUCUAUCUAUGUCUAAUUCCCUGUCCUAUGUCUAAUUGGAGGCUAUCUAUCUAUGUCUAA